AUGAAGCAUCUGAAGAUGAGCAAAACCGAGAAGACGAUGAGCCCGUAUACAACGGGGCGUGAACACUUCACCAAUCAUGCGUUGGUCGCGAUAUUUGAGGGCGAGUCGGGCAGAGAGAGCAAGUCCAGCUGCGAGUGCGACGCCAGCACCGAGGACACGAGCACCAAGAGCGGCGAGUCCGGCAGCGAGAGCAAGUCCAGCGUGAGAGCUAAGGAGUCAUGA